AUAUCGCCUGGCAGUCUGAAAAUUUAUAUAAAUCUUUCUAGUUACGCAGCAACAAUUUAAUAUCGAGUAAGGAAUCAUUUAUAUAAUUUACAGUCUCAUUAAUUAUAUAUUUGACAAAUUUAUGAAUGAAAUGAAUUUGAUGUAAAUUCAAAUCGUUACCCCGUUAAUGACGUUAUAUAACCGACAAUACAAGCAUAUUGUUAAUACGGUGCGUUCGCGUAGCCCGCAUUGUUAGCAUCGCUAACCAACACAAUUACACAAGAGAAGCUCACGUAUAGUUAUAUAUAUUGAUAUAUAUAGCGUUUGUCAGUUCGAUGCUAGUCAGAAUGCUAGUAGGCGGCACAAAAUGACGGCUGUGUCUGCGCCUCCGAGUUGUAACUCAAUAAUACAAGUUGUUAAUGAAGCAAAUUUGAGUAAAAUUGAAAGUUUUUUCAACGACUCAGCAUAUAGGGAAGCCAUUGAAAACUCUUCUACCUACAAUAGUCGACUAUGCAGAGAACGCAGGUUACGGAUGCCUUUUCUAGACUCCCAAACGGGAGUUGCACAAAACCAUUCAGCCUUGUUCAUGUCUCCAAGAGAGCGUCUUCCAGGUUUACAACAUGGCCAAAUUUACACAUAUCCAAGCAAAAGAUGGCGAAAAAAAAGAAGACAAUACUUAAUGAACUAUCUUCAUCCAAAACGCAUGAUUGCAAGAGGUGACUAUGAAGAUGGCAUUGAAUGUGUUGAAAACAAUGGACCUGGAAUUAAUGACGAUAGUAAAGAUUCUUUAGGUUUGAAAGAUGAGCACAGCAAAGAUGCGUGGUUCUAUGAUGAAUCAGAUAUGUUAGAUAUAGAUCCAUAUGAAGAACCUGAUCAAGAUAGCGAUUUUGAUUAUGAAGAAAGUUAUAGCAGUAAACGGAAAAGAAGAAAACCAAGAGGAGGUGGCCAUCAUCCAGUUAGAAGUCAUCCACCAGCUAGUGAAAGUCCAGCAGGAAAAAGAACAAAAGGUGGAGGUCGGGGUCGAAAAAAAAUCAACUAUGAUGCCAGUGAUUCAGAUAAGCCGUUCGUUUGUGACCUAUGCAGCGCACGGUAUAAAACCAGACCUGGUCUGGUCUACCAUUACGGUCAUUCCCACUCUACUUCCUCCGGCGAUCCUGCUAAGGAACUAAGUCCCAGUCCCGCCGAUGUUGAAUCUCGGAGCGUAGCAGACGCAGUUGCUUCGGACCAAGCAGGUGGUACGCGCCGGGGUCGCCAGAGCACUGCCUCCUCGAGCACCUCGAGCCCCUCGGCAGCGGCUGCCCCCUCUAUACCCGGUGGCGGCUCGAGCUCAAGCGGCGGCGGCGGCGGCAGCAGCGGCGCCGGUGGCUGCGCGCAGAGCGCCGCUCUUGCCGGCGCCGGCGCCGGCAACGGCGGCGACGCCGGCAGCCACUGCGCCGCGGGCGUCGGCCCGCCACCGGCCGGGCCGCCGGCGCAGCACCAGCAGCCCGCGCCGGCCCCGCCGCCACCCCCGCAGCCGCAGGCCCCCCAGCAACAGAAGCUGCCGGCCGAGCCGAGCUGCGCCGCUCCAGCCUCACCUACUGUCUCAGCUCUCGGCAGCAACAGCGCCAGCCUGGGCCCGGGCCUGCCUUCUGCCGCGGCGCCGCCUCCUCCCAAAGACGAGCUCCUGCUCGCCGACUCUCUCCUCGCCGCCGCCGCGCAGGCCGGCCCCAAGCCGCCGCUCGACCCGCAGCAGCAGCAGCAGCAGCAGCACCCGCACCAGCACCAGCACCAGCAGCCGCAGUUGCAGAUCCAGCAGCAGCAGCCGCCGCCCACGCAGCACCACCUCGGCAACCAGCACCACGCCGGCGGCAUGGACGGCAAGAAGAACAAGACCGUCAACCCCUCGCCCUACUGCGACUUUUGCCUCGGUGACGCGCGCGAAAACAAGAAGACCGGCGGCUCCGAGGAGCUCGUCUCCUGCAGCGACUGCGGACGAUCAGGACAUCCCACGUGUUUACAAUUUACUGCAAACAUGAUAGUAUCUGUGCGAAAGUACAGGUGGCAAUGCAUCGAAUGUAAAUGCUGCUCUAUUUGUGGAACCUCCGACAAUGAUGACCAGCUAUUAUUCUGCGACGACUGUGAUCGAGGUUACCACAUGUAUUGUCUUGCCCCACCACUAACUUCACCUCCUGAAGGAUCCUGGUCUUGUCGUCUUUGCAUAGCUGAAUUUCACCAGCGCCAUUGAAAAGAAAACCUGUUAUUACGUAAAAAUAACGAAUUAACUGCUAAAAAAGUUGACAGUGAAUGCUAUACGUGUGCGUUAAAAUAAAUGUGUUUAAAAAUCUCCUAACUUUUUUUUUGUUAGGUGGUCUUAACAUCUUGCCAACAAAAAUUAUAUUUAUUAAUGCAAGAGUACAUUCAAAUCUAAACAACGAAAACAAAUAAUGUCAGAAAGUUAUAGACAUGAGUAUAAUGAAAUAACGAAAAUGAUUUUUAACGUGUUAUUAAUAUAUUCAUUUAAUAAAUUCAUCUUUGUUAUAAUUAUCAGCAGAAAAUGAAAACAAUUUACUAUUUUCCAAAAUUCAUAGCUAAACAUGCGUUUAUUUUUAAACUAAUUUAAAUAAAAUAAUCCCACUCGAAUUUCGUAAUGCUUUCAAUAGUUUUACAUUACUAAUAAUAGUCUGCUAAAGUUAAAAAAUAUAAAAAAAUGUUACAAAGUUGUACUGCACAAUUGAAAUGUUUUUAUCCCUUGAAAACUACUGUUAACUUUAAAUUUGCGUGCUGACGAUACCUCAACUCUCGCCGUUAUAUCAACGAAUAAGUUUAGCUUUACUUUAAUGGCUCAGCUCAAGUCUCAUCACAGUUUUGUUGUAUUACUUAUAAUUUUAAUUUUUUAAACUUAUCAAUAUUUCAUUGUAAAUACAUUAUUUCUUCAUAUAUCAUGCAUACACUAACGUUGCCAAAUUUAUCAUAAGUUUCAUAAAUAGAGUAUUAAUUAAAUAACUGAGAUACGCAGUAAUGAUUUCAUGAAAUACUUGAACUACCAAUUAAAAUAUAUAGAUUUUAUCUAUGGCCACAAGAUGUUAUAUCUAAGAGAAACUGGUCACUUUCAGACGUGAUUGUUAUUUGACUAACAUUUUUUAUUAAUGUCACUUUGUCUUAUUAAAAAAUAAUAUACAAAUAGGCUUCAAAACUCUAUAAACAGAAUUUCGUUGUUAUAAGGCAGCUGUCUUUGUUGACUCUUCCUAUUUCAAAAAAAUAGAUAAAAACGAAAUCUGACACUUCUUCUACUAGUCUUUAACAAUUAUAUAAUCUGCUAUUACAUAUAUAUUUUUAUUUAAUAAAUAUGUCAUCAGAGAUUAGAGAGGGAAUUGCUAACGGUAUGCUCGGCCGUGUACCUUCUAAAGUCUGUUGUAACCAUCAGUAUGUACUAGUUGAAAAAAAUAUCAUAAAUUUAUCAUUGUGCAGUUGGCAAUCUUAUGACCUCCAUUUCUUUUAAUAAUUAUAUAAUAAUGUAUACAUAGAGUAUAAAUAUUUUUUCUAUAUUUUAAGAUGUGUUUCUAUAGAUAGUAUAAGAUAUUCUUAGACUUAGAAGAGUGGAAUACCUAAUUAAACCACGAAUUCGAUCAAAAUGAGUAACUCAAAUUAAAAUUCAAUCUCAUCUAUAAAUAUAUUUAUUAUAGUCAAUUUGUACUUUACCCAUAUCUGUCACAUUUAUUUAAUUAAAUUGAAUAAUUUAUUUAAAUAUUAACUGAGUUAUGCAGACGUAUUUGAUCGAGAUUGACAGUAUUUGUUAUUUAUCUAACCAUAGUUCUUGUUUCAAUUUAGUAUUGCAUAUCAAAUAAAUCGAUGAAAUAUUAUAUAAUAAUAAAAAAAUACUAAUAUGUAGAAUUCGUGUUUGGAUUUUUUAGAAAAGUUAAAUCAUUUAUUAAACAAAUUUUGACAUAAUCCGAGUAUUCUAUUAUAUCAAGAAUCAUUGAUUCAAAUUUCUUCUUAUUUGUUUUGGUUUUUCAGAUAAUGAUCUAUUCAUUAUGCAGGUGCAUAAGUUUAAAUAACAAUUUACUCGUGAAGUCCAUAAUUCAUUCAUAUAAUUGUUUAUAAAAAAUUGACUCAAAUUGGUUUAAAAAUGUACUGAUAAAAUAAUUUGAAUAUUAAAAAGAACUUGUUAUUUUAUCUUAAUGAUUCAUGAAAUUACAUUAUCUGCUAAUAGUUUACGGAUGGAACACAAGAGUAGUAUAAACAUUUUAAUGUGAAAAUCGAGUUAUUAUUCGCUAAUAAAAUGGUUUCGCGUUUAUAACCAGAAAAAUGUAAGUUUCUUAAUUAAUUAUCUGAGAUGUUAAAUUUCAAAGAAAAACGACAGAAUAAUAUGCAAACGAACAUUAUUGCUACGUCAAGAAGUGACAUUUGUACAAAUUUUACCAGUAAAUCUAGAAAAGGCCAUAGUUAAAGUCAUAACAAAUCAUGAAUUCAUAGACACUGAUUAAGAAAAUUUUAAUCAUUUUGCUUGAGAUCAGAUUAUUGUGUAUGUCGCUAAUUCGUAUGUUGCGUACAUAAUUAAUUUUUUACACAUUAUAUACUUUUGUGAUACUUGGAAGCAUCAUUUUGCGUACCAACAUAAUUUUAAAAACUGCAGAUGUCUUAAGAUUGCAAUAAACAGAUAUACAAAAUGUUUCAUUUAUAGUAAUUAAAUGCGCCCAUGCUUUUUUUUUGUCUUAAAAAUUAAAAAAAAGUUGAGUAUAUGUAUGUACUUAAAAAAAUUUUUACUAUUUUUAUAUUUACUAUACUGUAAUACUUUAUAAUUUUUAUUUUACAUUGUGGAAGUAAAGAUUGUUGAAACGCUACGCCAUUGUUAUUUCAACAAUUCAAAAUAAUUAAGAUUUUACGUAUGCCCGUUUACUGAUGUCCAUAUUCUUGAACUUUUUUAUUGAAUAAUCUUUGCUUGUUUUUCCAUUGUGCGAUUUGAUGCCCUGAAUAAUGAAUUGUAUAAUAUUAUAAAAAGCCCACGGAUAUGAUAAUUAUAAUAUUUUUAAAAUCAUGAAACUAACGAGCUGUACAUUGCAGUCGUAAAGUAAAGUACAUAAAAGUACUGUCUGAAUUCAACGUAGUUAAAUGUAAUAAAGAUUUGUAAAUGAGAAGACAUGAAUAAUUGCACGAUUAUGAUAGUACAAGCAAAGUAUGUAAUGUGUCGUCUGAUGGAUGAAUUGCCGUUGAUUUUUAUACCUUAUGUUUCACUGAUGUCGCUUGAUGUAAUUUAUAUGUUUAAUAUUAAGAUUUUUGUAUGUAAAAUGAAAUAAAUAAAAGUUUAAGAAACUAAUAACAAAA